ACACCUAUCAUGAACAGAAGUGUCCGGGCGACAUGGACGUUUCGUGAUAUAGCAUCGGGCUCGGCUUCACGAUUCGGCCCGGCGCCGGCCAGCCUGCUCGCGUUGAAAUCGCUUGAUACGGAGGAAGAUUCGACCCUGGCGAGAGAAUGGGUCAAGGGUUUCACUGUGGAAGAUAUCCCAAAGUCUAGCUACACGGCUACUUAUUCGAGGUCCAGUGGACCGGGCGGACAGCAUGUGAAUACGACCGACUCUAAGGCGACGGUGAGGAUGCCGAUACAUCGAGCUUUGGGAGUAUGGCUACCGAGGUAUAUGACGAAAGGGUUAAUAGAGUCGUCCCACUUCACCCACUCCUCCCAAUCCCUCCUCUUCUCCGCCUCCCUCCACCGCUCUGCCCCUGCCAACCUCACGCUCGUACUCUCCAUCCUCCAUGCCCACCUCGUCUCCGUCGCCUCCUCCCCUAUCCGUGGCGAGACCUCUAGUGCGCAACGUCAACGUGUGGAUCGACUCAAGGCCCGUGAUCGAUUGAAACGAUAUGAAGCCAAGGAGAGACAGAAGCGUGACAAGAGCUGGCGUCGAGGCGAGUAGUGCCACACUGCCACAUGAGCUUCGGCGUUAUGGAUCAUCACCACAAGUAGUAAUUAUGCCACGUGUCGGAGAUAUAUUUCACACUACGUCAUUUGAAAAUAAAUAAAAACACACAGAGCGAAAGAAAAAAAACUUUUACGGGGGAAUAAAACUUUCCCCCUCGCAUCAUCAUCAUCAUCAUCAUCAUCAUCGUCAUCGACACAAACCUCGUUCAGACCACCCUGGCUGGCACGUUCAAAGAACUGGGAAGGGUGGGGAACCAAAUAAUCCAAACAGCAGCAGCAGCAGCAGCAGCAGCAGCA